UUACUGCCCACAACCAGAGCUGAAUUCAUGAGAUAUUCUCGUCAAAUCACACUGGAUCCAAAUACAGCAAACAGACAUUUGUUACUGAGUGACAAGAACAGAAAAGCAACAUUAAUGGAAGCAGAACAGUCAUAUUCAGAUCACCCAGACAGAUUUGUUAAAUGGUGGCAGGUCCUGAGUAGAGAGGGUCUGACUGGGCGUUGUUACUGGGAGGUAAAGUGGAGUGGGUGUGUUUAUGUAGCCGUUGCAUACAAGAAUAUUAGCAGAACAGGGACCAUACGUGAAAGUGGAUUUGGAAAUAAUGACAAAUCUUGGGCAUUAGAAUGUAACAGUGGAAGUUAUCAAUUCAGACAUAACAUUAAUGCUACUUCCAUCUCCGGCCCUCAGUCAUCCACAAUCGGAGUUUAUCUGGAUCACAGAGCCGGUACUCUGUCUUACUACAGCGUCUCUGAAACCAUGACUCUCCUCCACAGAGUCCAGACCACGUUCACUCAGCCUCUCCAUCCUGGAUUCUGGCUUCCAAAUUCUGGCGGAGACACUGCUGAGUUGUGUGAGCUCAAGUAGACAGGAGUUUAAAAAGUGAUUGACCUCUGUUUUUUUAAAAAAAAAAUUUUUUGGG